GGUUUGCCAAUCACCAAAAAACACUAAAGAGGAAGUAGUUCAGCCAACUUGCUUUUAUUUUGGCAACGCGAACCGGAAGUGUUUACGUCCAGAUUGAUUUAGAGCAUUUGUCGUUAGCUUGGGGUUUAACAAUGCAGCAACGAGAAGAGAAGCAGUUGGAGGCGUCGGUGGAGUCUCUCAUCUCUCGGGUAGCACACGUCAAAAGCGCUCUUCACAAUUUCAUUUAUAAGUUGGAAAAUGAAUACGAGCGAUUGACAUGGCCCUCUGUUUUGGACAACUUUGCUCUUCUAUCUGGCCAGCUGAACACUAUCAAUAAACUGCUCAAGAACGAGAAGACGCCAUCCUUUCGCAACCAGGUUAUAAUACCACUGCUUCUGUCCCCGGACCGAGAUGAGGAUUUAGCGAAACUCACAGAGCAGCGCGUCCCGGUGUUCAGCCACGAGAUUGUGCCGGACUACUUGCGGACCAAGCCUGAUCCGGAGGUGGAGGAGCAGGAGAAACAGCUGAGUGCAGACGCGGCACGAAUUGGCCCAGAGGCGGCGCAGAAACAGAUCCAGACGUUGAAUAAGCUGUGUUCUAAUCUGCUAGAGAAGCUUAACAAUCCUCGUGAUGACAGAGAUGCAGAAAGUGCAGCAAUACGACAGAACAAACCUUCUUUCAACCCUGCUGACACCAACGCCUUGGUUGGAGCUGUCGCAUUUGGAAAGGGGCUUUCCAAAUGUAGGCCUCCAGGUCCAGGGGCCCCUGGACAUUCAGGACAAGGGCCCAUGAUGAGCGGAGGGCCCACCUUACAGCAGGUCACCAUUGGCGGUGGUUCAGGCCAGCAAGCAGGUAUGGGAGGGCCUGUGGCUCCACAGCAGCAAGGGCAGCCAGGUAGGAGACCUGGAGAGCUGGGAAAAAUGCCAAGCAGCAUCAAGACAAACAUCAAAUCUGCGUCCGGUUCAAUGCAUCCUUACAACCGAUGAGCUCCUGCUUUCUUAUUUCUUCGCCUAACAUUUGUUACUUUUCAGAGUGUCACUUCACAGCAACGACAACAUUUACAAAACAUACAUUUCACCUUUUGUGACCUUUUUAUAUAAACCCACAGUUAUUCCUCUGUUCUCUCUUAAGCUGUUUGUAACCAGAGGAUACAUAUUUUGAUAUUUUUUUCAUAUUUAAAUUUUUGAUACAUCAUCUGAGCCACUUGAUGGCAGUAUGUCAUCAUUUGUGGGAUUAUUACAGCUUGUAUUUGGAACUAUACUCUGACUCUUUCAAUAAAAGAUGUGUUAAAAUUA